AUGGACCACUAUGACCCUCAAACCGCAGACAUGAUCAACAAGGCACAUGACGUCGUCAUGUUUAACCAAAUCGACACACUCCUCCCCAAGGCCGACAAACUCACCCUCGAGGCCGGAAGCCGUGCCAUCAUGCGCGUUCUUGACGGCUCUAUUGGCCUCUCCGAUCGAGAAUACGACAUUCUGGUGUUUUACCACAAUACUCUGCCCACCCAGGAACGCUACGAUCUGCUGGUCAAGCAGGCGCACGACGUGCGCAUCACCCGUUACAAGGACGCGUGGACCCAGGCCGACAAGAAGCUGAUCCGCCUCGCGUGCGAGGCCAUUACCCAGGAGGCGAGUGCGGUGGGGGAAGAACUUGACAGAUUUGUCAAUAAGGAGGAGCAGGAGAUCAUUGACGCCGACUACAAGCUCAACGUCCCCAAUGCGGAUGCUUCUCGGAUUGCUACGCCGCCGCGCCGGAGUCUGAAUCCUCAGCCUUCUUCAGCUGCCCAGGCCAGAGCUGCCCCCUAUCGUGACGCCCGGCCUUUGUCUGGAUCACAGAGCGUCCCCCACUGUUCCACCCCGAAGCCCACAUCGCUAUUCAGUUUUUUGCCACAGGCCAGCCAAGGCAGGUCGGCCGUCUCGACUGCUUCUGCCUCGCCAUCAGUCGUCGAGAGUAUUGCUGCUCUGUCAGACCUCGGCUCACACGCCAAUAAGUCGCUCUCCCAACUUCCCCCAGCGGUGUCCUCCAAGAUUGAGUCCUUCAUGCUCAAUCAUCCCAAGACGUUCCCAAAGCUUGAUUCUCCGGCCGUCAUGAGGACCGCUCGCGGUAGCAUCCCUCGACUCCAGGAGUUUCCUCGUCUUCCCAGUUUCAACGAGCUUCACUUCGAUGACUUGCCAGAGACAGUUGCUGAUCUGGAUGCCGAGAUGCAGGCGAGGAUCGUGGACCAUUCCACUUUGAUGCAGUACUUGGUCAACAAUGAUGCUUUGCUGUGGAAGCUGAAGAUGAAGAAGAACAUGUUGGUUAAGAAGCCUGAGGCAGACAUCUGA